UUCCGGUUUGGGAGCUGUACUUGGGAGGCUGGAGAGCCGGGGCCAGAGCCGGGGCCGGGGUCGGAUCCCGAGUGGGUGAGGCUGGCCCGGAGGCAAGGAUGCGAGGGGGUUGAGGGGCAGCUCGAGAGGUAGACUCUCCCAGGGGUGGGCUGGAGGGCGCCCUCAGGGCUCCUUAGCCGGGUCAGAGGCCUCUGGAGGGACUGCACGACAGCUCCGGGUUACCCGGCCGCAGGGAGCGGAGACAAAAGAGGCCAGAAUCCCGCAGCCGCCGCUCCUUGAGCUGAGAGCUCUGCGUCCGCGAACCAGCAGCACCUGGAGCCUCUGGCCGACACCCGAGCCAGUCCUCAGGAAGCUCGUUACUACUGCCCCUCGGACUCCGUCUCUCCAGCGCAAUGUGACUCUCCCCAAGCCCCCUCGGUCCUCGCUUUGGAGCCAAAACCAGCUUCUCUCCUUGCGCGAGGUUUUCCGACAGGUAGCUCCCUAAUCCUUGCUGAGCGGCUACUACUACGCGGGGAAAACAAAGACCCGAGAUUCUGGACGUGAUUUUUGCCUGGGGUAGGCUUUGGGAGUUGUGCAGCCCGAAGGGGCGGGGCGGACGCAGAAGGCCUCGGGAAGGACUGCGCAGAUACUGGGGGAGAUCAGCUGCGACCAGCUGGACAGAGGCUUUUUGUUGCCUUCAAGCAGGAUGGUGACUUGUCUUUAGAUCCUCUCGAACUCCAGCUCUUCUAUAUGGUUCGGACUCACUGUGCAACAUUGGCCAGGGAAGUUAAAUGGGAUCGGAUUUAGAGGAGGUGGGAGAGGGGCAGACAGUACUUUUAUUCUCUGCUGCUUCCUGGGGCUGCCCUGGAAGUCAAUCAGAAAAGCAGCUUUUGCAAAAUCUAUUUACUGAAGAUUGUGCUACCUCAGAAGGCCACUCGGAGCACAUGGGAACGCAGGCCAGCUCUGGCAAGACUUUAGACAUAUGAAUGUAUUCCUUCCGAUAGUGCCAUCUUUCUCUGCCCUAGGAAGAAACUCCUCUUACAGCCAUCUGCAGGGGAUUCUCCAAGGACAUGGGAAGACAGAUGUAAGCCCUGGAACCCAGACUCUUAAGCGAAGGGAAGCUGCUUUCUGCUGUUAAUGAUGGCCAAAUCCGCUCUAAGAGAGAAUGGCACUAACUCUGAAACCUUCCGACAGCGUUUCAGGAGAUUCCAUUACCAGGAGGUGGCUGGGCCGCGGGAGGCUUUCAGCCAACUCUGGGAACUUUGCUGUCGGUGGCUAAGGCCGGAGGUGCGCACCAAGGAGCAGAUUGUAGAACUGUUGGUGCUAGAGCAGUUCCUGACCGUCUUACCUGGGGAGAUCCAGAAUUGGGUACAGGAACAAUGUCCAGAAAAUGGAGAGGAGGCAGUGACUCUCGUGGAAGAUUUAGAAAGAGAGCCUGGAAGACCUGGAUCUUCGGUCACAGUCUCUGUGAAGGGGCAGGAAGUGCGCUUGGAGAAGAUGACACCCCCGAAAUCAUCACAAGAGUUAUUAAGUGUUCGGCAGGAGUCAGUGGAACCCCAGCCCAGGGGUGUACCCAAGAAAGAGAGGGCAAGAAGCCCAGACCUGGGACCACAGGAGCAGAUGAACCCAAAGGAGAAGCUCAAACCUUUUCAAAGGAGCGGAUUUCCAUUUCCUAAAUCCAGUGUGGUCUCCAGGUUGGAGCAAGGAGAGCCAUGGAUCCCAGAUCUGCUGGGCUCCAAGGAGAAAGAACUUCCAAGUGGCAGCCACACAGGAGACAGACGAGUGCAUGCUGAUCUGUUACCAUCCAAGAAAGAUAGAAGAAGCUGGGUGGAACAGGAUCACUGGAGCUUUGAAGAUGAGAAGGUGGCAGGUGUGCACUGGGGCUAUGAAGAGACCAGAACGCUCCUCGCAAUUCUCAGCCAGACUGAGUUUUAUGAGGCUCUCAGAAACUGUCAUAGGAACAGCCAAGUGUAUGGGGCUGUGGCUGAGCGGCUCAGGGAAUAUGGCUUCCUCCGGACCCUGGAACAGUGUCGGACCAAGUUCAAAGGUCUCCAGAAGAGCUAUCGGAAAGUCAAGAGCGGCCACCCACCUGAGACCUGCCCCUUCUUUGAAGAGAUGGAAGCCCUGAUGAGUGCUCAGGUCAUUGCUCUGCCCAAUAAUGGCCUGGAAGCAGCAGCUUCUCACUCUGGCCUGGUAGGCAGCGAUGCUGAGACUGAGGAGCCAGGGCAGAGGGGCUGGCAGCAUGAGGAGGGAGCAGAAGAGGCUGUGGCUCAGGAGUCUGACAGUGAUGACAUGGAUCUAGAGGCGACCCCCCAGGACCCCAACUCAACUGCACCUGUUCUGUUCAGAAGCCCAGGUGGUGUACACUGGGGCUAUGAAGAGACCAAGACUUACCUUGCAAUUCUUAGUGAGACCCAGUUUUAUGAAGCCCUCCGGAACUGUCACCGCAACAGCCAGCUGUAUGGAGCAGUGGCUGAGAGGUUAUGGGAAUAUGGCUUUCUUAGGACCCCGGAGCAGUGUCGGACCAAGUUUAAAAGCCUGCAAACCAGCUAUCGGAAAGUUAAGAAUGGCCAGGCACCAGAGACCUGUCCCUUCUUUGAAGAGAUGGAUGCUUUGGUGAGUGUCCGGGUUGCUGCCCCACCCAACGAUGGCCAGGAAGAGACUGCUUCUUGCCCCUUCCAGGGGACCAGUGAGGCUGAAGCUCAGAAGCAAGUCGAGGAGGCAGACGAGGCCACAGAGGAAGAUUCUGAUGAUGAUGAAGAGGAUACUGAGAUACCCCCAGGGGCUGUCAUAGCCCGUGCUCCAGUGUUAUUCCAAAGCCCCCGUGGUUUUGAAGCUGGAUUUGAGAAUGAAGAUAAUUCAAAACGGGAUAUUUCUGAGGAAGUACAACUGCAUAGGACAUUACUUGCAAGAUCUGAAAGGAAAAUUCCCCGGUAUCUUCAUCAGGGUAAAGGCAAUGAGAGUGAGUGUAGAUCAGGAAGACAGUGGGCAAAGACCUCAGGGGAGAAAAGAGGAAAACUGACACUCCCAGAGAAGAGCUUAAGUGAAGUCCUAAGUCAACAGAGACCUUGCUUGGGAGAGAGACCCUAUAAAUAUCUCAAAUACAGCAAAAGCUUUGGUCCAAAUUCCCUUCUCAUGCAUCAGGUAUCCCACCAGGUGGAAAAUCCAUAUAAAUGUGCUGAUUGUGGGAAAAGCUUCAGUCGGAGUGCACGACUCAUUAGACACCGGAGAAUCCACACUGGAGAGAAACCUUAUAAAUGUCUUGACUGUGGAAAAAGUUUCCGUGACAGUUCAAAUUUCAUCACCCAUAGGAGAAUCCACACAGGAGAGAAACCUUAUCAAUGUGGUGAGUGUGGGAAAUGCUUCAAUCAGAGCUCAAGCCUUAUCAUUCACCAGAGAACCCACACAGGAGAAAAGCCCUAUCAAUGUGAAGAGUGUGGAAAAAGCUUCAAUAACAGUUCUCAUUUUAGUGCACAUCGGAGGAUACACACAGGAGAGAGACCCCAUGUGUGUCCUGACUGUGGAAAGAGUUUCAGUAAGAGUUCUGACUUACGUGCACAUCAUAGAACCCACACAGGAGAGAAACCCUAUGGGUGUCAUGACUGUGGCAAGUGCUUCAGUAAAAGCUCUGCCCUUAAUAAGCACCGAGAAAUCCAUGCACGGGAAAAGCUUCUGUCACAGUCAGCUCCUAAGUAAGCCCCUGAGGAUAUAUAAAGGAAAGAGGCUCAAUAAAUGUAUUGUUUAGAAAGUCUUCCAAUAGUGAGAUCCAUCUACUAUUCUAUGUCCAGUUAGCUUAGGAAAUUCACUUUAGGAUUUAUGCCACUGUUUGUUCCUUGUUUUUCCUGAUCUAGAGUCAAAUCCCCAAGGCAGUCUAAAGAAUGAAAGGAAGAUUUCAGUCCCUCUCCUUGCCUGCAUCUGAACUGAUGGAUAACAUCUUUUACCUCUCAGUGUCUAUGGUGUUCCCUUAAUAUAAGCAGAGAGGACAUGGUAAUAGAUCCUAUGAAUUUGAUAAGCAUCCUUCUUUACUCAUUCUGUCAUUCAGCUGCAUUUUGACAGGAAAAACCCAUUACAUUUCAAGAAGAAGUUAUGAGACUUUGCCCAUUAGAUGAGUCUAGCUCUUUUUUUUUUGGAGAUGGAGUUUUGCUCUUGUUGCCCAGGCUGGAGUGCAAUGGCACGAUCUCAGCUCACUGCAACCUCUGCUUCCUGGGUUCAAGUGAUUCUCCUACCUCAGCCUCCCAAGUGGCUGGAAUUACAAGCAUGCGCCACCAUGCCCAGCUAAUUUUGUAUUUUUAGUAGAGACGGGGUUUCUCCAUGUUGGGCAGGCUGGUCUCAAACUCCUGACCUCAGGUGAUCUGCCUGUCUCGGCCUCCCAAAGUGCUGGGAUUACAGGCAUGAGCCACUGCGCUGGGCUUUUUUUUUUCGAGAUGGAGUCUCACUCUGUCGCCCAGGCUGGAGUACAGUGGCAUGAUCUCAGCUCACUGCAAUCUCUGCCUUCUGGGUUCAAACAAUUUUCCUGCCUCAGCCUCCUGAGUAGCUGGGAUUACAGCCACCUGCCACCACACCCGGCUAAAUUUUGUAUUUUUAGUAGAGAUGGGGUUUCACCAUGUUGGCCAGGCUGGUUUUGAACUGACCUUGUGAUCUGCCUGCCUAGGUCUCCCAAAGUGCUGGGAUUACAGGUGUGAGCCAAUGCACCCGGCUUAGCUAUUCUUUAUACAAUAAUGGAAAUGCUAAAAUGAAUGACUCUUCCUGCUCACUUAAACCUGUGCUCAAAAUGACAUAUUUGUCAGGCACCCUCUUCAUUUACCUUAAAGAAGGAGAGUUUAAUGUCCAUCUUGGUUCUGCCCUAUGAAUCAUCUUGUCAAGAACAGGUGUUCUUAUGCAGAAACAAUGAAAACCUUAUACUGAAGUGUGAACCCUGGAUUUCUUAGUUUCUUCUGAGUCCUAGAAGAAGGGUUGGAAUAGAAUAAUACAUUUACAGGAUUUAGGUUGGUUUUCUUUCUGCCCAGUCUCAUCUGAAUUUCAUCUGUCCCUUGUGGUCCAGAAGUUCCACAGAGCAAGGCAGCUGCAUGUGGUGACAGGUAGAGCAGUUAAAGCUGCAAACAGGGACUCGUCCAUAUUCCACACACCUAGUAUAGUGUUAUGCCCUCAUGGGCACUUACCUGCAAUAAGCAGAAGCCACUGCCACAUUCCCACGUAUUAGGAAAAUGGACUACUGUGUGCGAACAGGCCCUUUACCCUAAUGGCAGGGAAGAUGGAUUAUCUUUGGCCAGUGGAGCUGCCAAUCUAGACAUACACAUUCAGCUGAAUACAAUUAAAAGCAGUUCUUUAAAUGCAAAUAUAAUUACUCAUCUUUAUAAUACAAUAGUAUUAACUGCCCAUAUGCUCAUAGUAUGAUGAGCCCUGUAUAGCACAAGAUCAACAAGUCCUCUCCUUGUCCUUACAAUCUAAAGCAGAUGACACUGACAUGGACAACCAAGUGCACAUGCAUAGUUGCAGCAGUUUUAGAGAAAUCUAGAAAGCUAGGUAGCAACACUAUGCAUAAAUGUUGUGGUCCAAUGCAUUAGUUUGCUGUAACAAAAAUCUGGGAGAUAUUUUUUCUCUUUAUUCAGGAAGGCUUCAUGAAGCAGGAAGUGUUCAAAGGAGGGAAGGUUACUGGUUAAAUUAUGAUAGGAAGAACUUCCCAUAACUAGUUGCAAAAUUGAGUGCUGGGUGGGUUGAGGAACGGGAAAAUAGGGGAGCAAGGUGUUUUGUGUAGAUGGAACAAAGGGCAAAGGAUAGACUGUAAGGAAGGCCAGAUAAAGCUUGGAGUAGUAUGAGAACUUGAGGAAUAGUAUGAUAUGGGCUGUGCAGCAGGCAGAGAGAAUCACCUUAGCUGAAACAUGGGUGUUAGGAGCAGACCAUGAGGUGGUAGAACCAUCAUCUAUAGUAAAUCAGAUACUGUGCUAUAACUACCGAUAAGGAAACAGCUGACUGGCACUGAAAGAAUAAGCAGUUUUAGGGGACUAGCUCCUAUGGGAGAUAAAGGUCAGAAAUCAUAAUAUCUGAUGAAGAUAUUUUGAUGAGCAGGUGAGAAGAAAGAUAAACAUGGCCAGAUGGCCAAGGACUGGGAUAAGUAGCCGUUUCACAUUCAAUUAGAAUUCUAUGGCUAGAAUAAGAUCAGGGGGAGCAGUAGGAAGAUAUAGCAUUCUAUAAUUCAUAGCUUGUUGUGUUAGAGAUUAAUUAGGAUUCUGCUGUUGAAUCUUGGUACAAAAUAAUAUUUAUUAGGAAUUAAGGGAAGAUGGUACUUCUGUUAUGUUGCCUAAGCAGACAGGAAGCUACAAGAAACACCAGUCUGAAGUAGUGCCUCAGGAUCUGAGAUGAUUUAGGAAGUGUGCUGUAAUGUCAAAAAAAAAAAAAAAAAUUACUGUCUUUAGUAUAUCUAUGUAUAGUCUCGUGGGAAAAGCAUUGGUUGGGAUAUCAACAGAUACUCUGGUUCCAGAUGUCUUGUAAGUUAACCUGCCUCCAUUUCCCUUUCUGUAAAGCAAAAUAAUGUUUACACCUAAUCUGUUUCUCAGGGAUACCAUAUUAAUAAAAAUUAUGUCUAUAAA